UAGAGGUGCCGUUAUUACUCAACUACGUACCAAUUAUAGAUCUUUCUUUCUUUCGUAAUGGUACAGUAUUUAAAAAAGUAUAGGCUGUGAAAAACCUUUAAUUUAUUGUUGGGAUGGGUGAAACAUGUGCUGCUGCCAUUAUAUCGAAGAAGAAAUCGAAGGAGGUAGAUAGAGAGCAUUUAAGAAGAGUCGUAAAUUCCAAUUAACAAGGUGUGGACCGUGACACAACGAUAUUAGCCCAUAUAUACCCAUAUCUGCUCAGUCUUAUGUUCAUACAACUUCAUAAGUUACAAGUAAAACAAGUGCAACUCCUCAAGGUUCAGACAUGUGUAAUCCCACCAGAGACGAUGGCUCUAGCCAAAGCGACAUGGUGCCUAAGGAAAAAAGACCAUAUUUUCAGAGAUAUUGGUCGUGGGCUGAUGUAGCAAGAGCGGUAACCGUCGUGACGGUGCACUUUUUGUGUCUCCUGGCGCCAUUUAACUACAAGUGGGAAGCAUUACGGUUCGGUCUAAUUCUCGUCGCAGUGACUAACCUGCUCAUCACAUUCUCGUAUCAUAGGAACUUGGCUCAUCGGAGCUUUAAGCUCCCAAAAUGGCUUGAGUAUCCUAUCGCUUACGCUGCUGUUUUCGCUCUUCAGGGUGAUCCAUUGGAUUGGGUGAGCAUACAUAGGUUCCAUCACCAGUUCACUGAUUCGGACCGUGACCCACAUAGCCCUAAGGAAGGAUUUUUGUUCAGCCAUGUCAUGUGGAUAUUUGACACCCAUUAUAUAAAAUAUAAGUGUGGUGGACGUAACAACGUGAUGGACUUGAAGCAGCAAUGGUUCUAUAGGUUUCUACGAAUGACAAUUGGCUUCCACGUCUUAAUGUUUUGGACCGUCCUCUAUCUCUACGGUGGUUUGCCUUACCUUACAUGCGGCGGGGGCGUUGGAGGUGUGCUAGGGUACCACGUGACAUGGCUCGUUAACUCGGCAUGCCAUAUUUGGGGUUCGAGGUCAUGGAAGACUAAAGACACAUCUCGUAACGUGUGGUGGCUAAGCAUAUUUACGAUGGGAGAGAGUUGGCACAACAACCACCAUGCGUUUGAGCCAUCGGCGAGGCAAGGGUUGGAGUGGUGGCAGAUAGAUAUCACUUGGUACCUCAUUCGACUAUUUGAGGUUCUCGGAUUAGCCACCGAUGUGAAAUUGCCUUCGGAAUUUCAAAAACAGAAACUGGCUCUCGUUCGUUGAUGUUUUAUUUAAAAACUUUGUAUUAUUCGCAUGAUGCACUAAUGAGAAGUUUAUGUAUAAACCAAUCUAUGUUAUAAGUUCUAUAGUAAAAACGACUUACAUAAGUUUGCAACUAUGGUUAUUUGUUAUCUUUUCCAAAAUCAUUUCAAUGUAUUCCAAUAUAAAUGCAUGUUUUACG